GGAGAGCCAUCCACACACAGUCUACCAACUUCCUCACCUGCAUGGGCACUCCUUCCUGAGAGGUCUCCUUCUCAAAAUAGGAUUCCUCCCUCCCCACUGUCCCCACAGCAUUGCAGUGGUGAUGAAAGCGAUGGGGAACCCUUGCAUAUGUUGGACACCAGCCCUGUCACAAUCUGAAGGAGGCCAAACAGACGGCUACAGUCACUGUGGGACUAAAUUAAUGCCUAAGUGUUCUUUAUUUACAUAACUUGUAUGUUUUGCCUUCUGUUUUUAAUUCAGUUCAUUUGACAGAAUGGCAAGGUGGUUUAUGGGUAUUAGG